AUGUCUUCAGCACCCAAUGGCGCCAGGCGCAUAGCGUCUGUAUUGAGGCCUUCGAUAGUCGACUCCGGAGUGUGCAGAAGCUGUCGCCGCAAUUAUGCCUCAGCUGCCACGCCCAUCUCAACCUCAGAAAUUGCUUCACCUUCGUCCUCUCCCUUCCCCGUCGUCAAACCCACACACAUCAUCAAGGCCGGCGUGGUCCUCUCCCGCCCGCCCCAGAUCACCCGCGACCUCACAUCGUUCGAGAAGGCGUACUUCUUCUACCAGAAACGGCUGAACGAGCGAUUGGCGCUCCCUUUCACGAAAUACUUCUACUUCAAGCGGGGCACUCCUGCCGACGAGGACUGGAAGCGUAAGAUCCGGGAGCGUGAGACACCCGCCCGCGAUAUCGGCAAGUACAACGCGUACUCGAAGGAAGCAUGGAACGACGAAUUGCUUGUCGGUGCGGUCGAGUCCGAGCCCGAACAUCAAGUUGAGAUGCUCGUGCAGGACGCCGAGGCUACUGUCAAUGCCACCUCUCAAGACACCAGCAAAAAGGAGGAGAUCCCUCGGCCGUUCUCUCGGGCAACGGAGGCGGACCAGAAGAACGACCAGAAGAGCCUCAACCGGGCGCUGCAGAGGACCCUCUAUCUUCUUGUUCAGACCAAGGAGGGAUUCUGGAAGCUUCCCAGCUCGUCGAUAGAGACGGGAGAGACUCUUCGUCUGGCUGCUGAGCGUACCCUCGCCCAAUCCGCCGGUGUAAACAUGAACACCUGGAUGGUGGGCUACCACCCCGUCGGCCACCAUAUGUACAACUUCCGAUACCCUAAGACCGACGCUACGGGCCACGAACUUCUGGGCGAGAAGACCUUCUUCAUGAAGAGCCGUAUCAUGGCGGGACAGGCAGACCUGGCUGCCAACUCUCAGAACCUGCAAGAUUUCAAGUGGCUGGCCAAGGACGAGAUUGCGAAAUUCGUCCUGCCUCAAUACUACAGCAACAUCAAGAACAUGUUGGCGGAGCGGUAA